AUGAAGCUCAACCCAGACAAAUGUGCCUUUGGUGUCUCCUCUGGGAAAUUCCUUGGUUACAUGGUAAGCAAGAGAGGGAUAGAGGCCAACCCCAAGAAAAUCCAGGCGAUUCUUAACAUGUGGUCUCUAGCAUCGACCAAGGAACUUCAAAGAUUGACGGGAAGAAUCGCUGCUCUAAACAGGUUGAUCUCCAGGGUAACAGAUAGGUGUUUACCUUUUUUCCGUGUGCUCAGGAAAGCUUUUUCAUGGACACCUGAGUGCGAGCAAGCUUUUACAGAGCUAAAAGAGUAUCUCACUUUACCACCGUUACUAUCACGGGCGAUGCAAGGAGAGCAGUUGUAUUUAUACUUGGCAGUUUCUCCAUCGGCAGUAAGCUCGGCCUUAGUCCGAAAUGAGGAUGGAAUCCAGAAACCAGUAUAUUAUACUAGCCGUGCGUUCAGGGGGGUAGAAGAGAGGUACCCAAGGAUAGAAAAGUUGGCAUUUGCUCUAGUUGCUUCUGAGAGGAAACUCAGUCCUUACUUCCAAGCGCAUACAAUAAUAGUACUGACAGACCAACCACUUAGGCAGGUCCUCCGCAAACCUGAUACUUCGGGGCGACUCAUAAAGUGGUCGGUAGAACUUGGAGAGUUUGAUAUCCAAUAUAAGCCCAGAACAACCUUGAAAGCUCAGGUACUAGCAGAUGUUAUAGCAGAAUUCACACCAAACGAUGGGUACAAGCAUGGCUUAAAUGAACAAGAAGAAACUGAAUCUAUUUGGACAUUAUAUGUGGAUGGGUCAGUCAACACCCAUGCAAGUGGGGCAGGGCUAGUAAUUGUAUCGCCGAAUGGGGAAUGCAUCAAAUAUGCACUCAGGUUUGGAUUUAAGGCAACCAACAAUGAGGCGGAAUAUGAAGCCCUCAUAGCAGGCCUCAGGAUGGCUAAAGCCCUGGAAGUUGAGCGACUAAUAGCGUAUACUGAUUCUCGACUAAUAACUGGACAAGUCCAGGGGGAAUAUAAAGCCAAGGAUGAGAAGAUGAAGACCUAUCUGCAUAAGAUAACAGAUAUUAAGGGCUUUUUCAAGAAGUUUUCCAUUCAUCGGAUUCCCCGAGAAGAUAAUGAGCAGGCAGAUGCCCUAGCACGACUAGCAACCACAGAGGAAGAUAAAGCCACACCUGUGGAACAUUUGGAUGAGCCUAGCACAGUCUGGGAUUGUCAACAGAAAAUACACCAAGUAGUCCAAGGUAUGGAAUGGGUAGAACCCAUUAUCAGGUACAUAAAGAACAAAGAGCUACCCCAAGAUCGCAUAGAGGCACGAAAGAUCAGGAUGCAUACAGCAAAGUAUUCCCUCAUUGAUGGGGUUCUCUACAAGAGGGGAUUUUCUCCACCCUACUUACGUUGUGUCUCCAUUGAUGAGGCAACUAUAUUUUAA